UACGAGAUAGCGGGCGCGCUUCCUUCCUUCACUUCGGUUACUUCUGCCUUCUACUGUAAACAAACACACCGAGGCAUUUAUUUCAACUAAAGAAUUCAAGUGAGUCAUACUAGCUAAGGAUGAAGACUAAAUUCAUAAAUGGGGUGUCCUCUUCGCCUUCCAUGUCUCUGGGUUUGCUGGUGACCGAGAACGCACUGCAAGUCCAGCCUGACGCAGAACCCGAGUGCAUCCGCUCCGAUGAGCCCGACCAUGAUACAAAACACAAGGCUUAUCUGUGGUGUAAGGAAUUUCUGCAUGGAGCCUGGAAGAGCGUGGAGGAGGAGGACUUUCAGAUCACUGUGAUCAGAGGAGGACUCAGCAACAAGCUGUUCCUCUGUGCUUUACCCGAGGAACAGAAAAGCAUCGGAGAUGAGCCACGAAGUGUGUUGCUUCGCCUAUAUGGAGCCAUACUACAGAUGUCCUGUAAUAAAGGCGACUCCAGAAAGUCAAACACAGAAAAUCACAUUCAAGGAGCUGAAGCUAUGAUCCUGGAGAGUGUGAUGUUUGCCAUUUUGGCAGAGAGACAGCUAGGGCCUAAGCUCUAUGGCAUUUUCCCCCAGGGAAGACUUGAACAGUUUGUCCCAAGCCGCAAGCUUGCCACCGAAGAGCUGGGAAUUCCUAGCUUGUCUGCUGAGAUAGCCGAGAAAAUUGCAAAAUUCCACAAGAUGAGAAUGCCCUUCAACAAAGAACCCAAAUGGCUGUUUGGCACCAUGGAAAAAUACAUGAGUCAGGUGCAAAGGCUGAGCUUUACCAAAGAGCCCCUCCUGCAUAAGUUUGCCCAUCUUAUGAGCUACAACCUACCUCAGGAGAUGGAAACACUCAGGUGUCUGCUGGACUUAACCGCAUCUCCUGUUGUUUUUUGCCACAAUGAUUUACAGGAAGGAAAUAUUCUUCUUCUGAGUGGCCGGGAGAACAUGGACAAGCAGAAGCUUAUGCUGAUUGACUUUGAGUAUAGCAGCUACAACUAUAGAGGAUUUGACAUUGGAAACUUCUUCUGUGAAUGGAUGUAUGACUACAACUGUGACACACCUCCAUUUUUCAAAGCUAAUACCAACCAUUACCCCACCAAAGCUCAGCAGAUGCAAUUCUUUAAAAGCUACUUGUCUGAAUACGACCCUGGACUGGCCAAGCUGAGUGAAGAAGAUCAGUUGAAAAUCAGGGAGGACAUGAUGGUGGAGGUUAACAGGUUUGCCCUCGCUUCACACUUUUUCUGGGGACUGUGGUCCAUGAUACAGGCAAGAAUUUCCACCAUUGAGUUUGGCUACCUGGAUUACGCCCUAGCCAGGUUUGAUGCAUACUUUGAACUCAAGAAGAAGCUGGGCCUGUAAAUUCUGCACCAUUAUGCAGGGACAGAGAAGCUAAACUGAGCAUGGUCGAGGCUUACCUGGCUUUAACAUUCACUAGAAAGAAGUUGCUUUGCUACUGUGAUGAAUAUAUGGUGCUGCAUGGACCAAAAUCAGUGCAAUCUACCAAUUACUCUCCACAAGGCCUGAUGUUUUAAAUAGUGUGCCAUGCUGCUCAACAGUGUUUACUAAGUGUUUAAGCUUCAAACAAAAAAAUCAACACUUCCUAAGAUCUUUUGGGAAGAUACUGACAGCAAAUACAACAAGAAUCCACAAACUUACAAUAACCAAAAUGAAUAUUUAAGGGGGAGAUAUGUAUAAAAUAUGCUGCUGCACUAACAGUUAGAAUCCAGCUGCCAGCUGUGCUGUGAUGGAAAAGUACUUAACCUCUAAGUGCUACAUGCUGUGUUAUCUUUGCAGUCUGUUCUAGAAAGGUGAAAAGACUGAGGUUUAAAAGCGUAGACCUCAAGUUAUGGUAUGGUACUUACAGACCAAACUGUGUUGGUAUUGUAGCGUUUCAGUGUUGUUUGAUAGUUAUACUAAAAUUAUACGAUCUACCUUUUUUGGUAUUAUUUCUGGGGUUGGUUUAACUCAUUCUGUGAUUUGUUUACCUCUUUUCUUUAAAUACUACUAGAUUACAUGUUUUUAAUGCAGAAGUAAAGGUUGCCUGGCUGACAAUGUAAACAUAAAGGUAGAUAAUAUUGAUGAUUUGAUAUAAAGUGAGCAAAUUGGAAUCUAAUGUAGGUUCAUUAAUCCAUUGCACAUUAUGGUGGCCUUAAAUUUGAGGAUAAGAGUGUGUGCAUUUUUACUUUUAGUCCUGUGCACUUAGGGAGACAUUUACUGUUUGUAAGCAAAACAAUAUCGAUAUGUGUCUUAAUGUGCUAAUUCUGCAUGAUGUAACUGUAGAGAUACAUUUUUAUGCAUUUUCAUCCUGAGGUAGAGGCCUAGGUCUGAGGAAAGUUCCAGAGUCAAGUCAAGUUAAGUCACAUUCAUUUGUAUAGCGCUUUUUACGAUGGACAUUGUCUUAAAGCAACUUUACAGAAUCCAGGACCAACAGAUCGCAAACCCCUGUUGAGCAAGCCGAGGGUGACAGUGGCAGGGAAAAACUCCCUUAAAAAUACAGGAAGAAACCUUGAGAGGAAGUCAGAGUCUGUAGUAGAAGGAGAUUAGAGACAUACACAGAUCA